GCGCUCAUUAGCACUUGGGCUGUUCCAAGAUGCGCUUUCCUAGGGUGCGGAUCAGUCUCGAUACGUGAUAAACGGCUCGAGCUCGUGCGGAUUCUUCGGAUAUCCGUCUCCCAUCCGAGAAAAUCUGCUUGGUGGAGAGAGGAGUGAACGUGAGAAAAAGAACUCGGCACGUCCCGGACUGUAAAAGUAACGAAGGAUCGAGGAGUAUCAAUUGAAACAUAUACGGUGGCUGCACAAUGACGCGAUUACACGUGAGAACCACGUUGUCGUUCCUCUUCAUCGUCCUACAUAGCAUCCCGCGUUCGGGACUCGUCGCCGUUGCGGGGCUGGCCACCAACUACGACAAUCCUAAGUUCUACAAGAUCGGCGGUGUUCUCUCCAACGAAGAGAGCAAAUCGUAUUUCGAGAAAACGAUCGACCAUCUCAACUUUGAUGCACAAUAUGUCAACAAGGGGGUGACGUACAAGCAUACCGUGAUCGAAAUGGACUCCAAUCCGAUCAGGACCGCCUUGAGCGUCUGCAAAUUCCUGAUCGCCGAGCAGGUGUACGCGGUGGUGGUGUCGCACCCGCUUACCGGCGACCUGUCACCGGCCGCGGUUUCUUACACUAGCGGCUUUUAUCACAUACCGGUGAUCGGCAUCUCAUCCAGAGACUCCGCUUUUUCCGACAAGAACAUACACGUCUCAUUCUUGCGUACUGUACCUCCGUACUCGCAUCAAGCGGACGUCUGGGUGGAACUGUUGAAGCACUUCAACUACAUGAAGAUCAUCUUCAUCCACAGCUCCGACACGGACGGCCGCGCGCUUCUCGGGCGUUUCCAGACAACGUCGCAGAACUUGGAGCAAGACGUAGAGAUCAAAGUGCACGUCGAAUCAGUGAUCGAGUUCGAGCCGGGGUUAGAUAGUUUCGUGGAGCAACUGAUGGAGAUGAAGAACGCGCAGGCGAGAGUUUGUCUCAUGUACGCUUCGAAGACGGAUGCGAGGGUGAUCUUCAGGGACGCGGCCGCUCUGAACAUGACCGGCGCCGGUUACGUGUGGAUCGUUACCGAGCAAGCACUGGAGGCGCCAAACGCUCCAGAGGGCCUAUUGGGCUUGAAAUUGAUCAACGCCACCCAAGAGAAGUCUCACAUCACCGACAGUCUGUUUGUACUCGUAUCCGCGUUACGUGCGAUGAACAACUCUGAGAAAAUCACGGAGGCACCGAAAGACUGUAGCGACUCAGGUUCUAUAUGGGAAACCGGCAAGAAACUGUUCACGUAUAUCCUUCAGCAAGUGCUACCGCAUGGCGCUACGGGCCGAGUGGCGUUCGACGAUAAUGGCGAUCGCAUAUACGCCGAAUACGACAUAGUCAACAUCCAAUAUGCGAGUCCCCACAACAAGACACAAGUGUCUGUCGGCCAAUACUUCUAUCCUGCCAACGGCACGAAGAUGAAGCUACGAGUGAACGAGUCCAGCAUCAUAUGGCCAGGUCGUCUGAAUACCAAACCCGAGGGCUUUAUGAUACCGACUCACCUGAAAGUGCUGACGAUCGAGGAGAAGCCGUUCGUUUAUGUUCGCGAGCUAGCCGAAGGCGAGACCAAAUGCUCACCUGAAGAGAUCGUAUGUCCUCACUUUAACACGACAAACCACGAAGACACACGAAUGUUCUGCUGCAGAGGAUAUUGCAUGGAUCUCCUAAAGGAAUUGUCGAAGACGAUCAAUUUCACGUAUAGCUUAGCUCUGUCACCCGACGGUCAGUUCGGGAGCUACAUGAUAAAAAAUAGUUCGGUCGGAGGAAAGAAGGAAUGGACCGGUCUUAUCGGCGAGAUAGUGAGCGAGCAGGCCGACAUGAUCGUCGCACCGCUGACGAUCAACCCUGAGCGCGCCGAAUUUAUCGAAUUUAGUAAACCGUUUAAGUACCAAGGCAUCACUAUUCUCGAGAAGAAGCCUUCGAGAUCGUCCACGUUGGUCUCGUUCUUACAACCGUUUAGCAAUACCCUCUGGAUUCUCGUGAUGGGAUCGGUGCACGUAGUAGCGCUUGCUCUAUACUUGCUCGAUAGGUUUUCGCCUUUCGGCAGAUUCAAGGCAGCCGGUGCCGAAAACGCUGAAGACGAUGCGCUCAACUUGUCCAGCGCUAUUUGGUUUGCCUGGGGUGUCUUGUUAAACAGCGGGAUAGGAGAAGGCACCCCGCGAAGUUUCUCUGCACGUGUACUGGGAAUGGUGUGGGCAGGAUUUGCUAUGAUCAUCGUCGCGUCUUACACUGCCAAUCUAGCCGCGUUCCUCGUUUUGGAGCGACCUAAGACCAAACUCACCGGCAUCAAUGACGCUCGGCUGAGAAACACGAUGGAGAACUUGACGUGCGCGACGGUGAAAGGUUCCGCUGUGGACAUGUACUUCCGACGCCAAGUGGAGUUGUCCAACAUGUAUCGUACCAUGGAAGCAAACAAUUACGAUACCGCCGAAGAGGCUAUACGCGACAUUAAGAUCGGCAAACUGAUGGCGUUCAUCUGGGACAGCUCGCGAUUGGAAUUCGAAGCGGCUCAAGAUUGCGAAUUGGUGACAGCUGGCGAAUUGUUCGGCCGUUCGGGUUACGGGAUCGGUUUGCAGAAAGGCUCUCCCUGGGCGGACUCUGUGACAUUGGCGAUCUUGGAUUUUCAUGAGAGUGGUUUCAUGGAGCGUCUUGACAAUCACUGGAUCUUGCAAGGCAACGUGCAACAGUGCGAGCAAUUCGAAAAGAUGCCAAACACCCUCGGUCUGGAGAACAUGGCAGGGGUGUUCAUAGUAGUUGCUGCCGGUAUCGUUGGCGGGAUCGCCCUAAUUAUCAUUGAGAUAGCAUAUAAAAAACACCACAUGCGUAGGCAGAAGAAAUUGGAUACAAUGAGAAACGUGAUCGACAAGUGGCGAGGGAUGAUCCAGAGGCGGAAGACUCUACGAGCGACGAUAAGCUCGCACCGACAACAGAUACAAAGUAACGGCCUGAACGACCCCGCGACAGUAAGCUUGGCGGUGGACAUAGUUGCUAGAUCGAACGUGGGUCCGCGAAGUCCAGGACGCGCUUGGCCCGGCGAUAGCGACCUGAGACAACGUCCAAUUUCGCGCUCCGAGGACAUCCGGCUGUCGCCUGCUGCCUACACCGCAGAUGUGUCGCAUCUUAUAGUCUAAUUGUUACCCUCCGCGCCAAUUUGUAUUCGUAGUUUUUUACCGAGUACGAAACGUCGCGUAGUGACCGCGUUUCCGGUAGAUCGUUAACUUACUGUUGCACAAAGUGAGAAAUAGGAAGAGAACGAAAAACAAGACUUUUAUUAUUAUUGUUUCAUCUCGUGUUGUAGUGUUUUUGUUAGAUAAUUUUUCUGUGGGAUAUACCUUAGGAACAUUUAGG